GCUUUUCAUAAACAGGAGGAGGGAUCAUGGGGACUGACUGCUAUUUUGUGCAGCUGUGACUUGUUGAGCCCAGUUUAAAUGCUGGUGCACAGGUCCCUGCCCAGCUCAUUCCCCUUCCAGGAUGUUGCCUGUAGUAGUGGAAGGUCUGGUGGUGCUCUGCCUGGUCUCCAGCAUUCAGGCAGGAAAACGGUUUCAGGAUGUAAUGGAGUUUGGAAGGAAAUCUGGCUCUAGAGGUCCCGGCAACCACCUAAAUGGCUGGUCUCCUGAUACCAACUCGUGGAAUGAGAAACUGUACCCUGCCUGGAAGUCUGGGGAUACAAGAUGGGAAAACUGCUGGAAAGGUGGCAAGGUUGUGGCAUUGUUGACCAGUGACAGUCCUGCGCUGAUAGGGUCAAACAUCACUUUUGCUGUCAACCUGCAGUUUCCCAGAUGUCAGAAGGAAAAUGAAGAUGGAGACAUUGUCUAUGAAAGAGGGUGUGGAAAUGUUUCCUCCAGCUUCCCAGACCAAUAUGUGUAUAACUGGACCAAGUGGAUAGAUUUCUGUAACGAAGGAAACUGCAGCUUUGCUAACAGCUUUCCAGAUGGCAGACCAUUUCCACAUCCCCCUCGCUGGAGGCGACACAACUUCAUUUAUAUUUUCUCCACUCAAGGCCAAUAUUAUGGAACGAUUGGGAGAUCGUCUACUACUCUGUCCAUUAAUACUACAAACAUCACUGCUGGAAUGCAAAUGAUGGAGCUCAAGGUUUUUAGAAGAGGUUCUCGAAACAACUACCCAGUUGCUACAGCAAGCAGCAUUUAUGUUGUAACUGAUCAAAUUCCAUUUUAUGUGAACCUUACACAGAAGAAUGACAAGAAUUCCUCAGACAGCAUCUUUAUUAAGGAUUCACCAAUCAAAUUUGACAUCCACAUGCAUGAUCCAAGCAAUUUUCUCAAGAAUUCUGAAUUGACAUUUGAUUGGGACUAUGGUGAUGGGAAUGGGUCAUCUGUUUCCAAUAACCCUGUCUCUAGUCAUAUUUAUACCAUGCUUGGAAGCUUUAGGGCUAACUUGACCAUCAAAGCUGCCAUUCCUGGUCUAUGUAAACCUGUUACACCCACUCCAAUCCCUACACAACCUCUACCAACCACCACCAGUACUUUCACCACUUCCAAUUCUACAGGAGGACUUUUAUUUAUAUUCCCCCCCCCUCCUCCCCUUGCAGAUAACUCAACAGAACUACCACCAUUUGAAACUGAAACUUUACCACUGACAACUGAAAUGCCAAACGUUACCGCUGUUUAUACAACCAUUCCAUACACCACUUCUACUCCUGGUUGCUUCAUAUAUAGAUAUGGUUAUUACAGCACUAAGAUUACAGUUGUAGAUGGUAUCCUUGAGGUCAACAUUAUUGAAAUGACAAGCGUCCAAGUACCCACAUCUCAGACUGAAGGCUCUCUUGUUGACUUUGUGGUGACUUGCAAAGGAAGUCUGCCUACAGAUGCCUGCACGGUAGUCUCUGAUGCUAGUUGCAUGAUUCCCCAGGACAUGGUUUGUGAUGAAGUUCCAUCUUCUGAUCAAUGCUUGCUGAUCCUAAGAAGAGCAUUUGAGCCAGGAUCUUACUGUGUAAAUAUCACACUAAGUGAUGGUGCAAGUUUGGCUCUUGCUAGUACGCUGGUGUUUAUAGAUGGUGGUUCUAAAACGCAGCAGACUGUUUCCGCAGUACUUGUUCCCCUCGCUUUGCUUGCACUUGUUGCUGUGGUGAUUGGUAUUACCCUUUACAGGAAAUACAAGGAAUACAAACCAAUUGCAAAUGCUUCAGAUGGAAGUGAUCAAGGAAUCAUUGUGUACUUCAGUCAGAUCAAAGAUGUUCUCUUCAAAAGCAACAACGAGCGUGGCCCUCUUCUGAAAAGCAAGGCUGCAAUAAUAUAAUUCUUAAAACUCUGAAUGUCUGCCAUAUCUUGGUAUGCUGCUGCUUGGUCCUUCAUCUCAGUCAUAAAGCUGUAGUAGAAAUACUUGUUAAUAAAGUGUUUCCUUUAACUGG